CGGUUACAGUGGACAGAAGAGUCUGACUCACAGCAGGCUGGGUGGUGCCUGAGUAUAAAACCUCUGCUGCGUUUCUUAAAGUCCCCUGCACAUUUUCUGCCCUCUCCACUGCCGGAGCCUCCUCAUACUUUCCACGUCCGCACACAUUCAGAGCAGCUAUGCCUUCCGACUUGGAAACAGCGAUGGAGAUGCUCAUCUUGGUGUUCCACCGUUAUGCCUCUAAGGACGGCCUCCCUGGGACUCUGAGCCGGCGAGAGCUCAGAGAGCUGAUGGAGAACGAGCUGGCUAACUUCCUCAAGUCUCAGAAGGACCCUGGUGCCAUUGAUAAGAUCAUGAAGGACCUGGACGCCAACGGGGAUGGCCAGGUGGACUUUGAGGAGUUUGUUUCCCUGGUUGUUGGACUGUCUGUUGCCUGUGAGCAGUGCUAUAAGAUGCACAAAGGGUUGAAGACAGGAAAAAAAUAAAAGAGAGAAAUAAAAAAAAAGUUUAAUGGACCAAAACACAUUUUUUGUAAAGAUUGCUUAAUCAAAUAAAUACACUGAAUGAUUUUAAA